CCUGGUUGGAUGCCGAACGUCACGUCACUGUUUGUCUAUUUCGGGCCUUUUAUCAGAGGAUAAUACCACAUCAGUGUUUAUGUGGGUACAGUGUUUCUCAUAAAAGGCGUGCAAAUUUUGAAGUGGUUGCAAAACGUAGUGGAAUGGUAAACAGUAUAGGCCCUACUAUAGAAUCUGUACAAAAAACUCCAGCAAACCAAAUUAUAGUUCAUCGAGAGAAAAUAAAACAAAAUGUCCGUUCUUCAGAAUAUGUUGUGGUAUCUAGACGUUCGCACUGUAUUACUGUGCGUGGCUGUCCUUCUGGUUCUUCGGUGGUUCUUGGGGCGACCUAAGAACCUCCCUCCUGGCCCCUGGGGGUUCCCACUCAUCGGUUCCGUUCCGGCCAUUGUACGUGAGAUACGACGAGGCGUGGAACCCCACGAUCUCUUCAUGAGGUAUGCUGCGAAGUACGGGCCCGUGUUUCGUCUGAAAGUCUUCAACAAGACAGUGGUGGUCCUCAAUGACUACACCUCCGUGAAGGAAGCUUUCCAACAUCCUCAGCUGAACGACAGACCCAAGAUGUAUUUGGCCGAGCUCUUCAAAACUGAAGGUGUAUUAAUGGCGUCUGGCCAGCCCUGGAUCGAGCUUCGUCGUUUCUGCUUGACCGUCCUCAGGAGCUUCGGAGUGGGCAAAACGAGCUUUGAGGAGAAGGUCGGCACCGAAGCUGAGGAACUGAUGAAGGAGAUGUCUGCUUUCAACGGGAAGCCAUUUGACCCCAAAGCUCUGCUUGGUAACGCAGUAUCCAAUGUCAUUUGCUCCGUUGUAUUCGGAAAGCGGUACGAGUACAGUGACAAAGAGUUCCAGAAGCUUCUUUUCUUACUUGGCCAAAAUGUCAAGCUGCUUGGCGCAGGCGGUGCUCUCAAUUUCUUCCCGGCUCUUCGCUAUCUGCCUUUCGUAUCGACCGAUAAGUUGAUGUCAAAUUUGGAUAAACUCCGGACUUUUUUAAAAAGUAUCGUCGACAACCACCAUGCUGCCUUCGACCCCGACAAUCUGAACGAUUUCACUGACGUUUACUUGAAGGAACUGAACAACAAUGGCCAUCUUCCUGAAAAAGGGUUAGGUGGAACCAUAGCAAAUCUCUUCUCGGCUGGUUCUGAGACAACGGCCACUACGCUCCAGUGGGCCCUCCUGUACAUGGCUGUCUACCCCGAGAUCCAGCAGCGAGUCCAGGCCGAGAUCGACGCCGUGGUCGGUCGCAACCGGCUGCCUAGGAUGGCCGACAAACCGGAGCUGAACUUCACCCGAGCCGUCAUCUGGGAGGUUCAACGCCUGAGUCUGAUUGUGCCGUUGGGUGUUGCACAUGCUGCUGCCGCAGACACCCAAUUCCGUGGCUUCUUGAUUCCUAAAGGCACCCUUCUCUUUCCAAACUUGUGGGCGGUGGCCCGUGACCCCAAAGUAUGGUCCGAUCCCGAUCAGUUCAAACCCGAGAGAUUCCUAAACGACAAAGGCGAGGCAGUUCAGGCUGAGGAGUUGAUACCGUUUAGCAUUGGUCGUCGGAGCUGUAUCGGUGAGCACCUGGCUAAGAUGGAGUUGUUUAUCUUCUUCAGCUUCUUCAUGCAUCAGUUUACCUUCAACAAACCAGACAACUCGUCUCCACUGUCCCUUAAAGGAAGGGGCGGUAUCACCUACUCGCCCAAGGAAUUUGACAUACGUGCCAUGAAGCGCGAGUAACUGAAACAAUGACUUAUAUAAAUACGAAGGGACUAUAGGAAGGAUCGCCAACUUCUUUUUUUAAUCCUGACAUUUUUUCGAUUUGUUUUGCUAAAAUUCUGCAAACUUUUCCCCAAAAAUUUCGAAUAAAACUUAUGUUUUUCACCUCAAGACACUUUCACUGAUGAUGUAGACCAUGUCACAUGUGGUGUGGUUGCCCGUAGGCAAACAGUCCCCCAGCUUCUAUCAUGACUGUGCAAAGUACGUUUCAACCCCAAUAUUCCUAGUGAUUUGCAGUGUAGAAUAAAAUAGAUAGCUGAAAGUCGGUGUCACGUAAUCACGGCAUUUACAAGUGUGAGAUGGGCCAAAUAUUCCUUAUCAAAUGAAAUGUAUAUAGUACUACAGUGUGAGUCCAAAAAAACUAUACACUUUAAAAAAAAUUGGCCAUAGUUUUUUCUGUAGUAAUAUAGAUGAGAUAUGUUCACAUGUACUUUUAGAGUAAUUUUUCCUGCUUCUUUUGGUGACAUUUUCACUGGAUUAGUUUUCAUGCAUGACUGCAGAGGAGACAAUUAAAGGGGUCGGGUGAACUCUGACUUGCGCCAACUGGUCAGGGCUGGAUAAGAAUGAGACAAUUUAAAAGAACACAUCCAUCGUCUUGGUUCUGGUCAUGGAAUGCAUAAUCAGUUCAGAUUUGUGGAUCUUGCUUGCAAGAGUUUCAGUAUAGGCAUAUCUGGAUGACCUCCAGGAAAGGAUAACUCGUGAAAUCGACAUUCUCAACAAGACAGGGAGGUGAUUCGCCGUGCUGUUGCAGGAAUGAUGCGCCGAGCCCAGCUGUGCAUUGAACGAGAUGGUGGCCAUGUUGAGGACUAAGACACCGGGGAAUUUAAUUGCCUUUUUAAUUAAAUUUAAAUGUUUUGAAUAAACACGAAGUUUAAAAGCUAAUGAAAUCCUAUUUUGUCUCUUUGUUAGACAAUGGUUGUGUUCUUUUAAAUUGUUUCUUUCUUAUCCAGCCCUGACCAGUUGGCGCAAGUCAGAUUUC